GGUGGCAGAUCUGCCUUCUGGCAGGAGGGUCUCGACCUGCCACGGCACUCGGCGUUACCUGACAGCGCGCGCGUACUUUAGUGUCUCCGAAGUCGCGCACUACGAUGGAUCGAGGAGCGAGGAGCGCGUGGUGAACGCUCGGCGAACACCUCUCGAGGAAGGCAGUCGCGUCGAGUUGCGUUAAAUCGCCCUCCAGGGAAAACUCGGAGCAGUAAAUAGAAAAUACGGAAAACAUUCUUUCGCGGCCAGCCAUACUUCGCGGAGAAUUCGCGACGAAGACGACCGAGAGAAGGAGGCACUUCGCGAUACGAUCGAUCCGUCAAAAGCGAAGUGUGCAGCAACGCGAGGAGAUCGUCGAGCUCGGCCGCCGGCGAUGGCAGAGAUGUAUCGCUCGUGACGUCACGGAAUUCCUCUUCGGUGCUGUUGCUGAUGCUAGAGCGAGCACUCGUCAUCGUCGUGCCUUCUCGUCGUCGCGGGCUCUCUUUCUCUCUUUCUCUCGAUUAACGAGAAGAGAGAUAACGAAGUGAGUGAAGGAAGCGAGAAGAGAGGAGGAAGAUUAAAAAAAAGGAGAGAGAGAGGGACAGAGAGAGGACGUAGGCGUUGAGUGAUUGUUGUCGGUGCUAGUUUCCAUCGGGAGUCAUGAGGGACACCAGCGAUAUGAUGGAGGACGCCCUGUCGGAGGACACGAUGAUGGAUUGCGGAGGAGAUGGCGGAGGAUUGGAGGAUUUCGUUGAUUUAGCUACUGACAUUACGGAUAAUUCGCCAACAAUACGAGAUGCCGCCGAGCGAUUACUGACGUUGCUAGGCAUGGACGAAGACGAUGACGAGGAUCUCCUAUCGUCGUCGGAAGACGAAGGCGUCGAGGUAGAUAUCUCGGAGCUCGAGGACGACGACGAGCAGACGGAGAACACCAAGUUACUUCAUCAGCUCGUCGCUUCGUUGGCUCAGGAACUCAAAUACUCUCAGAAACAGUCCUCAGCCUCCAGCAACAGAGCCGCGACUCAUCCGGACUCGAGUCCCAGCGUGGAAAUGAUGCUGCAGAACGCGAGUUAUCUCGGCCACGGUUGCCUUCAGGAUCAAGCGGACCACCCGAAAACGUCCGUUCACCAGAACGACGAUUUCCCUCGUAACCAUUUUUUCGGCGAGCAGCACGCGAGCUUCCCCAAGUUCAGGAACUUUGGAAACUUCCGGCAGGACCGUCCGGAGUCGCACAGUCGAGCCUUCGAUUCUAUAAGCCUGGAUCGUCGCCGGUGGACGGAGGAUCCAGGAGCUGCCCAGCAGGAGCAGGAUCCUGGCUCCUGGGCCGCUGGAUGGGAGGCUUGCGCCAGCGAGACCCUUCGAUAUCUCGUCGAGGACGAGGGACUGCCGCCGCAUCAUCCCACGGUUCUCGCCAUGAAAAAUCAUCUGGAUCUGCAGAGGGAGAGGGCGUUCGCUCAUUACUCCGGAUAUACGGAGGCCAAGUCGCAAGACAUGAAUCUGGUUCUGGAUUGAUGGGGGCUUCAGGAUUAAGGCGGUGAGCAAUUAAAGUUAUUUCUCUUGCAACGCAAAGCGUUUGGAGAAACUUUCGCGAGUGAGAAAUCUUGGAGAAAUUAAUCUUGUUAUUUAAAUAAAGAGCGAGCACAAUCACAUGGUGUGUUGUGACAUCGUUUG